GUAUCCUUUCUUUUUUAUUUUUAUUUUUUAUUAAUUUUGCUUCUCUCUCUAAACCAAACCCUAAAUAAACCCCACGCCAUACGGCCUUGCCACCUACAUUUGCAUGCUUUUUGUUCGUUUCUCUCUCUUUCUUUCUAUUCUCUUCUUAAGGCUUUGUCCACAAACCCAAACCAGCAAAGGCAAGGAACCAAGCAUACGUCUAGAGAGAGGCAAGGAGUGGAUUACCUUUUCCAUGGCUGUUGAAGCGCGGCACCUCAAUCUUUUCCCUUCGCAACUCAUAGGCAACAGAGAAAUGAUAAUGAGCGGCGUUGACGCCAACGUAAAUGAUGCGUACAGCAACGCUGCGGUGGCAUACGGAUUGGCUCCGGUUUCGGGAUUAACGGCGGAGGCUUUGCCUCCGUUGUAUGGCUCUUCGAUUGUUGAUUGUCUUCCAGCGAAGGCUGCCGUGAAGGACGAUAGUGGUCUCACCUACGCCUUUCCGUCUUCGAGAAAGCGCUCCAGAGAUUCGAUUUAUCCCUCGAUCUACGAUGGCCAGUUUGAGAAUGAUAUCACCUUUCUCGGUGAAAACGUUUCGAUGCAGAUCCGGCAGCAGCAGUUGGAGAUUGAUCAUAUCAUUGCUCAACACACCGAAAAGGUGAGAUUGGAAAUUGAGGAGCGGCGAAAGGGAUAUACGAGGAGGCUCGUGGCUGCCGUGGAGGAAGGGAUUCUGAAGAGGCUGAGAGCGAAAGAGGAGGAGAUAGAGAAGAUCGGGAAACUGAAUUGGGCGCUGGAACAAAGAGUGAAGGCUCUAUGCGUCGAAAAUCAGAUCUGGAGAGACAUGGCUCAGACGAACGAGGCCACGGCCAACGCCCUCCGAAGCAACAUCGAGCAUUUGCUGUCCCAGGCCAAGGACGACCACCAGCCCCACCCCCAGGGUGACGCAUUGGACGAGGCGUCGGUUCCGGCGGCCUUGGCAGACGACGCUCAGUCCUGCUGCGGCAGCAACGACGAUCGACGAACCCUAGCGUCGUGCGCCGGAGAAUCGAAGUGUUUGAAAGAUAAGCACAAUACAAUAGACCACGCGGCGUAUAUUUGCCGUCAGUGCGGGAAAGAGGAAUCCAGCGUGUUGAUUUUGCCGUGCAGACACCUCUGCGUCUGUACUGUUUGCGCCGCGUCGGUUCACUCUUGCCCCAUCUGUAACUCCGCUAAGAGCCAUAUGUUACGCGUCAUCGUGUAAAUCAAAAAAAAAAAAAAAAAACCCCAACAACCCCUCCCCCCCCCCCCCCCCGCA